AUGGAGACGCCUAAGAAGAAGCUGAUGCUGACGCCGCCCCAAUCCACACCGAUUCUGUCGCUUCCGUAUGAUUUGCUAUUGAACUGCAUCGCACACGUGUCAAGGUUGUACUAUCCGACACUCUCCCUGGUCUCCAAGAGCUUUCGAUCUCUCGUUGCUUCACCAGAGCUAUACAAGGUCCGGUCACUCUUGGGCCGCACCGAGAGUUGUCUCUACGUUUGCUUAAAGCGCGGUUCUAAAUAUAGCUGGUUCACCCUAUGCCGGAAACCUGAUAAAUCCCUAACCAAUGAAGAAGAGGACACGAGUGAGAACAAGUCAAGUGGAUACGUUUUGGCUACAGCCUCAAUCCCACAUUCUACUUAUGCCAGGUUUGGGUCUAUCGUGGCCGUUGGCUCUAAUAUCUACAACAUUGACACAUCCACUGGAUCCGUUAGCGUCUCGAUUCUGGAUUGCCGGUCUCACACGUGGCGAACGACUUCUUCAAUCUUUCGAGUGAAGCGAAAGUUUUUGUCUGCAAGCGCCCUGGAUGGAAAGAUCUACGUUGCGGGAGUGUGCAAAGAAGAUGACGGUUCUUAUAAGAACUCGGUCGAGGUGUUUGACACAAGAACACAGAGUUGCGAUCCUGUGCCCAUCCCUUUCGGCGAGGAAUAUACGAAAGUAAACAAUCAAACCCUAUGUAUCGACGGAAAGUUCCAUGUGGUGCUUUUCGACAGAAGGUUGCUUCGCUACAGAAAGGUGAUUCAAGACAGAAGGGUGCUUGCUUACGAUUCGAAACAAGGUAGAUGGGACGAGGUACUUCGUCCGGGGAUGAGUCAUUAUAUGAUCUCAGAUUCUUAUUGCGAGAUAGACAAUGUUUUGUAUUCUGCUGCUAAUGGAGCCAUAAGAUGGUAUGACACUGAGGAAAGCAUGUGGAGAGAGGUGAUGAGUUUGGUGGGACUACCUGAGUUACCCGAUGGUGAAAGGAUUCAGAGAGAUGUUAGAUUGGCUGAUUAUGGUGGAAAGAUGGCGGUUUUGUGGGAAAAGAUCUCUCGUUAUGACAACUCGUAUGCUACGAUUGUUUGGUGUGCGGAGAUUGCGCUUGAAAGGUACCAACCUUGUCAAAUUCGGGGGAGAGUUGAGUGGUUUGAUCGUGUGCUUACAUCCUAUCAUUAUGACAUUGUCAAGGUAGUGGCUGCCACUCUCUGA